UCAGGGUUGCUGGGCGUGCGAAGGCGGCGGAGGCGGGAAGGUGGCAGUGGUUGAAGGAGCGAUUCCCGAGUUGUGGGGAGGAGGUCGGAGGGAGGUGGGCAGCGAUGGUGAUGGCGGCCAAAAAGGGCCCAGGCCCGGGUGGCGGAGUCGGCGGGGGAAAGGCGGAGGCGGAGGCGUCCUCGGAGGUGUGGUGCCGCCGGGUGCGGGAGCUGGGUGCCUGCAGCCAGGCCGGGAACCGCCACUGCUUCGAGUGCGCCCAGCGCGGGGUCACCUACGUGGAUAUCACCGUGGGCAGCUUCGUCUGCACCACCUGCUCCGGCCUCCUGAGAGGCCUGAACCCCCCUCAUCGUGUCAAGUCCAUCUCCAUGACAACUUUCACAGAGCCUGAAGUAGUAUUUCUACAGUCUCGUGGAAAUGAGGUUUGCAGAAAGAUUUGGCUGGGUCUUUUUGAUGCUCGGACAUCUUUAAUACCAGACUCUAGAGAUCCUCAGAAGGUGAAGGAGUUUCUCCAGGAAAAAUACGAGAAGAAAAGAUGGUAUGUCCCCCCAGACCAAGUCAAGGGGCCCACUUAUACCAAAGGCAGUGCCUCCACCCCCGUCCAGGGUUCCAUCCCAGAAGGGAAGCCCCUUCGGACACAUCUGGGGGAUCCUGUGCCACCUCUCUUGGAUGCUGCCUCCACUUCAAGCCAGUCUGUCAGCCAAUCUCAGGCUCGGCCAGCCCAGGCCCGGACCUCCCAGCCUCCUCCUCAUUCUUGCACCAAGAAAGCCAGCACCGACCUGCUGGCUGACAUCGGUGGAGACCCUUUUGCUGCUCCCCAGGCAGUACCUGCUUUUGCGGCAUUCCCAGCCUUUGGGGUCCAGACACCUACCCAUGGAGGUUUUGCCAACUUUGAUGCCUUUGGCAGCAGCCCUGGCUCCUCUGCCUUCGGAAGCCUCCCUCCAGCGGGCCAGUCCCUGUUCCAGACCCAGCCAACCCCAGCAGCCAGUCGGAUGCUAACUGGAAGCUGCAGCUUUGGGAGUAGCCAGUCAGCUCCGUUUGCUGCCGCUCCUCUUGCAGCUGCCAGCCAGCCCAAUAGCCUCACAGAUGUGGGCAGCCUCCUGGGACCUGGAGUGUCAGCUGGAGGUGUCCCUGGCAGCAUCUUCGGGAUGGCUGGUCAGGUCCCCACCCUCCAGUCUGCCACACCUGGCGGCAGCAGCAGCAACACAAGCCUUGCCUUUGGAGCCUUCACCAAUCCUUUCACCGCCCCCGCCCAGCUCCAGCUGCCUUCCACCAACCCGUUCCAGCCCAAUGGCCUGGCCCCAGGACCUGGCUUUGGGAUGAGCAGUGCUGGGCCUGGUUUCCCCCAGCCAGUGCCACCCACGGGGGCCUUUGCCAGCACCUUCCCCCCAACACUGUUUCCCCCACAAACCUCACUGGCUCAGCAGCAAAAUGGCUCCUCCUUUGGGGACUUAGGAUCUGCCAAGCUGGGACAGAGGCCACUGAGCCAGCCAGCGGGGAUCUCUACCAACCCCUUCAUGACUGGAAGCUCAUCGAGUCCAUUUGCCUCCAAACCUCCAACCACAAAUCCAUUCUUGUAGCACUGUGUCUUGGGGGCCCUCUUCCCUGCUUCCUGGGGCCCCUCUGCUCCCUAGAGCUCUGGUGACCACUUGCCUGUGGGCAUCUCUAUGGAUUUGAGACCAGAAAGGGCCUGGUUUGCAGGGCAGGGGCCCUGGGGAAGGUGGAGGUGCUAAUGCUUUGCUUGGGGCUUCCAGAUGAAUCUGUCUUGGGUCAGCCACCCAGAAGCUUCCUCCCUUCUCCCUCUGCCAGCUCCUUCCCAGCAGGAGGCCCAGGAGGACUGAAGGCAGGGCUGGCCUGGAGGAGCCAUGGCGGUGUGUUUUUUUUUCAAAUUAUGAAUUAUGAAGACAACCCUCCUCCCCUGCCCUUGGCAUAUACAUGGAGCUCCCUGAAGACUGAGGAGGUCGCGGGCAUGGCCUGGAUGGCCUUCCCCGUAGGACCCACGCUUGCGCCAUACCCAGCUCUCCAACACUGUGCUUCUCCUGGACACUACUGCAGUGGGGAAAGCAGGGGAAAGAUGAGGCAUGGCAAUGGUGUGGGAGGGCGGCCAGACAGCCCAGUGCCCUUGGUGCCCUGGCGGGGCCACACCUGCUUCUGUCCACUUCCUUUUUUUGCUUCCCCAGCUCAUCCAGUCCUGGCACUCAGGAGGCUAGUUUUACCUGCAUACUGACACAUGCCCAACUCUGUCAAGCACUUUAGUUAGCCGUUGGUGUCAUGUUUGGAUACCAGUGUUUUAUAUUUAUACAUAGAGAGAAUUUUCUAAUAUAGCCUAUUAUAUAUAUAUAAAUAUAUGUACACAUAUAUAUGCACAUACAUAGACACACACCCAGCUGUGCUGCCUCUCCCAGACAGCUCUUUAACAUGGGGAGUGGGAGAAAUCCCCAUUUGUGCCUGGACCACCAACACUGAGGUCCCAGGGAAUGGGGGGAGGGCAGCCAUGUGUCCUGACCACCCCAGAGCCUGGGUUUUUCCAGGGAAAGGCUUCAUGCAAUUGACUGGGACUUGUUUUUUUGUUUUGUUUUCCUUUCUUUUUCCACAUGCCUCACCCCCUACCAAAUCUCUGCACCAAAGCUCGUUGCAGGCAAUGUUAGAAAGAACUGCAUUUGAAAGUAAAGGAAAUGGCUCUCUGGUCUUGCUUUGGGCCAGCCUGAGGGAUCACAGGUCA